GUCUGACUUCCCGUUGAACAAAUAAACCAACAUGUCUACCUUCGCUUUCUUCCUCCUUUGCGUCCAAGCUUGCUUGGUUCAGAAUGUAUACAGCCAGUGCCUAUAUGGUGGUAUUGGACCAGGUAUCGCCGGCCCAGCCCUAGCCUGUGAAGCCGGUCUUGCUGGCCCAGCCGCAUUGGGCUGGGGUGCUGGCCUCGCUCCCGCUGCCAUUGCCGCUUAUCCCGGAUGCGCUGCUUACGGUGGUGCUGGUGUCGGUGAUGUAGGAGUAGCUGGUGAGAUGGGCGUCGCUGGUACUACUCUGGUUGCCGGUCAGGUACCGAUUCUAGGUGCUGUUGAGUUCGGAGGUAUUGUGCCUGCCGCUGGAACUGUCUCCAUUUCUGCUAGCUGCGGCUGUGACUGCAACGGUGCAUACCUCUACUAA